UGUCAAAGUCGAAGCAAGAAAUUGUCUUAGAUUUUCAAUGUGUUCUUACUCAAUAAAUUUGGUAUAAUCUUUAAUGAGUUAGUUUGCAAUAUUGGUCUGGGAAUCUCUUCUCUCAUCCGUGGAAGCCGAAGUGGCAGUCCAGCACAGAUCGAGGACCCUAAAGCGACACAUCGCGUUGGACCUCGGACGGAGUAUGGAGUCACCGCUCAAGGCAUCCCUGCAGUCCCUGUGCAACACCACUGACGUUACUGAGAUGAGGCGAGAACAGUGCAAAGGUUUCCACGUCUACAGUUCCGAAUUCUUCAGCACCAAAACCCACAGCCGGCCAGGCUUGAAGCCCAGCACCAACGCCACAGAAUAUCUUGGCUAUUACCUCUGGGACGAGCCUUAUGGAAACCACACAGCCACCAUGCCUAAAGACUCGUCCUAUGCUAAACUAGCGAAGGAGAAUUGUCCUAGGAUUUACAGUAAAUUCAUGGAUACCGACGGGGAGAACAUUCACUUGGAGAAGCUUUCGGAAAGUUCGACAUUGCCAUAGAGAAAUAAAUAAGCGUAUAGUUCGUGCGGACCCCUUUGUUUGACAUAAUUAUUAAAAGUCAUAAUGUAAUGAUUGUCAGAUUAUCAUUAUCUUAAUACAAAUAUAGGGUAGGGUAGGGUAGGCACCCAGGUCUAUUCCUCAAUAUAUAGCCAAUGCUAGGCAGCCAAGAUGUCAAUCGUUUGCGCCGUAGCGAACAUAACGCUGAUGUCUCUCUGUCGCACUAUAGAAAAGUAAUAGAGAUUGUUUCGUCCGCUACGGUGCAAAUGAUUGGCAUCUUGGCUAGGCCCUCUGUACAGUCAGCAUCGAAUGGUUAGUGACUGACAAAAUGGCUGUAAAUUUGAUUUCAGUGUAUUUUUUCUGAACGUGUUCAUGUACCCGUGCCAACAAAGAGUUGAGUGGUUAUUCUAUUUAAUUUUGUUUAUUUUGGUUAUGCAAUAAAUAUCAAAUAUGUAUCAAG